AUGAUUGACACAUCCAAAUACAUUUUUGAGCACAAACACGGAGAAGUUGAUUACAGUAGGAAUAAAAUAGCACUUUUCGAGUUUGACAGCACGAUAUGCAUCUACGAGAGAGUAGUUACGGAAUCAUACAUUUUUCAAAGCCAAAAUUGUGUAAAGAAACUACGAGAUCUCCAUAGAGACGGAUAUUUUGUCGCAAUUAUCUCAAAUAAGAAGAAUGUCCGAACAGAAAAUGAGAAGAAAAUAUUCAGAAAGAAAAUCACGAAUAUUUGCAAGGAGAUUGAUAUUCCAAUGAUAUUCAUUGGGUCAUUGAUCCAUAGUAGAUUCCACAAACCAACAAAUGGAAUGUAUUUGUAUCUAUUGAGUCAGCUAACCAGCACCAAAGAUGUUGUUUCUGGUCUUCUUCUACUGAAUCACAGUGAAUUUCAACUUAAAGGGAUGAAAUUGGGUGAAAUUGGAAUCAUAGGGAACUCAAAAAUAACAAGCAGCAUUGACCUGACAAAUAGGCCAGAAAUGGAAAUCGAUGUUCCAACGAUAUCAAGGAAGUUUGAUGACGCGUUUUACGUAGGUGACUGUGUGGGACGACUCACUGACUACAGCGAUUUCGACCUGAAGUUUGCGAAGAACUGCGGCUUGAGAUUCUUCACUCCUGAACAAUAUUUUGAUAAUGCAGAAAUGAUUCAGUAUGAAAUAUCAGAGAAACCAAUUCAAUUGCAUGUUGGAAACAUGGACCUGAGUAUUCUGAAAGGAGUUAGAGCUGUAUUCUGUUAUGGACCACUCUAUUCAGGAAUGCAGUAUUUUGUGAAGAGAUUCGUAGAUGGAGACGCAGUGGUAUUCUACAAUCUCAAUAAAGUAGACAGAAUCAGAGAGAUAACAAAGAGCAAUGAAUAUGUCUGUUUGGUAUUUGAAUACGACAAAUCAGUGAUCAAACAGCUCAAGAAUACACUCCAUUUAUCAGAAGAGAUCCACAACUUCAAAAUCAGCAGAUAUAAUUCGAAUAUUUUGAAAGAGUUCAAGAAUAAGCACAAUGUACCAUUUGUGUACGAUGACAGUCUUUUUAGUGAAUUUAAGAAGGAGAUAUGCAAACAACUGCUGUAG